GGGUUGUCCCAAACGGCACAUCAGCAUGGUAAUACGGAUCUGGAGCACAUGGGCACAGACGUGGAACAGCCGCACAGACAGCGAGGGAAGGAGAGGAAAGCUCACCACCUCCAGGAACUGGCGCUUCAGACAUCGCCAUAUUCCCCGGAAAAAACGAAAUGCUGCUGCUCUGCUCCUGAGCCACGCAACACGCUCCAUGAAGCCUCUGGUUUGUGGCACCCAGCCCCUGCGACGGACGUCCCCAGAAGGCGCCGUGCACCCAAACGCACCCAGAGCACCGAGCACCUGCUUGGAGUCGGGACCCCGCAGGCUGGGAUACGGCGAGCUUGGCCUGCUGGAUAUAUUGCCCCGGCGAUGGAGGGGUAGUUAGAGCUGCUGGAGACGCCUGCCCCAGGACGCGGGCACAUCCGGGCCAUGCAGAGGAUGGAGGUGCAAGCGCCCGGACGUGCCGGUCCCUCGAGCCGGAGACUUCGGAAGACCCAUCCAGGUUUCCUUCACCCACACCAUUUUAUCUGAAGUGCUUGGAGCUAUGCAGGGUCUGCUUACUUGAAAAAAAGAACAGUGUUGCCUUUCAACCGGCCUCUUAAAGAAUCAGGGUUGAAAGAGGCUGGGAGAAGAGAGCUGGGUAAGUGCCCUCCAUUUGCAGAUGUUUGCAGGAACCUGAGCUGAGCUGAGCCAUGUAGUGCUGCUCGAGAUGACAGCAUGGUCCUCAGGAAGCUCUGGGAAGGAGUGGGGACUCAGUUACACGGAGAGCUGCACUAGCAGGUUCCCAACCGGCAAGCCUGGGAGGCCGCUGGGACAGCCUGCCCGGGAGCUGGACACGUGCAGCUCCACUCCGCGAAGCCUACGCGCGUGCACACGCGCAGGAUCAAUGCAGAAGCAAACCAAGUCACUUUAGAGCGAUCCCCGGAUCCGGAGGGGCUGCUAGAGGGGGACUGCAGCCUUGUAGGACAUCUCUGGAGAGCAGCUGCGUUCAUCCCAGCAGAGUGACCUUCAAAUGCAGCAGCUGGGCGGCUCUCGCCUGCCGCAGGCAAAGAAGAGGAGGAAAAAAGCGUGAGGACGUGGUGGCACAGGUGACCUGCGAGCCUCAGCGUAGCCAUUAUGUUCUAUAUGCACUUACUUGUGAACAAGCGUGGGCCGCUGGCCAAAAUAUGGCUUGCCGCCCACUGGGAGAAGAAACUCACCAAAGCCCAUAUAUUUGAGUGCAAUUUAGAGACUACUGUUGAGAAGAUCAUCUCACCAAAGUUUGCAAUUGCUCUGCGCACCUCUGGACACUUACUUUUAGGAGUGGUGCGAAUCUACCACAGGAAAACAAAGUACCUCUUGGCUGACUGCAGUGAAGCCUUGGCAAAAAUGAAGACAGCCUUUCGCCCAGGACUUGUUGACCUUCCAGAAGAGAACUUUGAGGCUGCUUAUCAGUCCAUUACGUUACCUGAAGAAUUUCAUGAUUUUGCAGCACCACUCCCUGAAUUAAAUUCCAUUGAUGUUGCUGAACAUUUUACCUUGAAUCAGAGCAGAGCUGAAGACAUCACACUUACAGAGGAUUACGAAAGCAAUAUACUUCUCUGUGAUAGAAACUUUGGUGAGGAACCAGAUACACUAAGACAACAUAGCUUCUUUGACGGCAGCAUUUUAAUGAGCAGUAAUAGCGUCUUGGCUGGUCACACCUCUGCAAGCCUAAGUGGAGACAAGUCUGCGCUGUGUGAAGAUACUUACUGUUUCGAGCACGAUUGUUUUGGAGAUGAGGAUACUGCUGGGGAUAUGAUUGAAAUUCUAUUAAGGGAUGAGAAAAAUAGCCUAAUUAAAGACAUUCUUGAUAUGGAGGAAGAACUUCCUUUGUCACAAGAUCUUCCGGAGAACAGUGCAGCUGUGGAUUCCAAUGGUGCAGACUCCAUGAUUCAAAAAGAUCAUCUAAUGAAUGAAACGGCACUUUUAUCUAAAGAAGAAGGAUUUGUGCUUGAGCCCGUUGAUGAUACAGCUAUCACCCAGAGGAAAAAAAAUAAAAGAAAGAGGAAAUUGCUUGUGGAUGCAGACAAGGAGCUCAGCUACAAUGCUAUAUACAACCAACUUAACAACUGCAUGGACACUCUUGCUACGUUAGACCUUGCGCCGCCAACAAAAAAAACAAUGAUGUGGAAGAAAUCAGGCGGAGUGGAUAAACUUCUGUCCCACACUGCACAACCUUUGGUUCAUGCUGAGCUACAAAUGUUGUUUGCAAACUGCUUCAAGUAUCACGGAUUUAAGACAGGAAGAAAUGGAAUACCGAUGGAAUCUGAAAUGGAAGAGACAAGAAAAGGGCAAGAUACAAAAGCAGGAUGGAACUGCUUUGUCCGAGAGCUCUUCAUUGGCGAAUGCUUCACUGGAACAAGCUGAAAUAAAGCAAGCUGAGUUAAUGAAUGAACUAACAAGGAACAAUAAAGACAGUGAAGAAAAAAGGUGGAGCAAAAGAACUCUUCAGUUAUUAAAAGCUUUACAG